CGGCAAUUUCGUAAAUCCCAUCAAGGAUGGAGCUAAAUUUGAAGAAGCAACGCGCUAGGGUUAACUACCAUAUUAACUCGUCUUUGAAGGAAUUGGUUCUUCGAGCGUUGUUUACCAGUGCGGCGUGGGGGGCGUUACGAUCGAUGGUGAAGUUUAGGUUUCAUCAGUACCAGGUGGUGGGUCGAGGGCUACCGACCGAUGCGGAGCCGCACCCAAAGAUCUACCGUAUGAAGCUAUGGGCUACCAAUGACGUCCGGGCCAAAUCCAAGUUCUGGUACUUCUUAAGGAAGCUGAAGAAGGUGAAGAAGAGCAAUGGUCAAGUUCUUGCUAUCAACGAGAUCUUCGAGAGGAAACCAACCAAGAUCAAGAACUAUGGUAUCUGGCUGCGUUACCAGAGCAGAACAGGUUACCAUAACAUGUACAAGGAGUACAGGGAUAUUACGCUGAAUGGUGCUGUCGAGCAGAUGUACGAUGAAAUGGCGUCCCGUCACCGUGUUAGAUACCAUGGUAUCCAGAUCAUCAAGACAGCUACUAUCCCCUCCAAGCUCUGCAAGCGCGAAAGCACCAAGCAAUUCCAUGACUCAAAAAUCAAAUUCCCUCUUGUCUUCAAGAAAGUCAGGCCCCCCACCAGAAAGCUGAAGACCACCUUCAAAGCCUCCCGCCCGAAUCUGUUUGCAUAGACAAAGCGUAAGUGAAGCAAUCACUGGUGGCGUGAUUUUAUCAAUGAACCAUUUUAGCUUCGUCAUGGAAUUGUUAAUUGGUAGGGUAGUUUGAAGGAUUUCUCAUUUGGAUCAAGCCGUUCAUUGCAGAUUUUCUUUUCUCUACAGUUUAUAGUGCUAAAAUUUACUCGGUGCGUCUCAUUUCCAUCGAACUCUAAUGCUAUUUUAUUUGGUCUA